AUGAAAGAUGCAUAUCUUCAAAUGGAGUUGGACGAUGAAGCAAAAAAUGUGUUAGUUGUCAAUACACCGCUGGGGCUUUUUCAGUAUCAGCGUCUACCUUUUGGUAUUGCCAGUACACCUGUGUUAUUUCAGAAGUAUUUAGAACAACUUAUACAUGGUACAGAAGGGUGUGGAAAUUACAUUGAUGAUAUCAUAAUCGCUGCUGAAACGGUUGACAUACAUCUUAAGCGGCUGGAGGAAAUAUUAUCACUUUUAGCUGAAAAUGGCAUUCGUUGCAUGCGAACGAAAUGUGAGUUCUUGGUGGAAAAAUUGGAAUAUUUAGGCAGAACCAUCAGUGCAAGUGGUAUUUUACCUGAUGAGAGGUGUGUUCAGGCUGUAAAGCAGUUACCGCGGCCGACAAACGUUAAAGAAGUCGAAGCGUUUCUUUGGCUGCGCCUAUCAAUCACUUACGUAGAAAAGAUAUCAAAUUUGUUUGAGGCACCGAUCAAGAGCAAGCUUUUGAAGUUUUAUAAUAGAAGCAAUUGA